AUGGCUAUUCAGCAUCCAGCAGCUAGAGAUGAUCAGUUCCAGGCUCAUGCUAUCGGUCACAGACUUCGCCGCGACGUAACGCCCGAGGAAUGUUAUCAAUGCGAAUCCGCUUAUCAAUAUGUACGGCAAAUGCAACGAAACGAAAAGCUUUGCGCUGACGAUGCCUUUUACGACUUAUAUUCGAGCUGUCUAGGAUGCAUCGAAGAUAAUGUCAACUCGGGAAGCCCAAGAGAGUAUGUUGAACCAAACUUGGGCCGAUACGUCGACUAUUGUGCGCAAUUCACUGCCCUCACUAAAUGGGCCUCCAUGGGAACUACUUCGGCCACUUCGGCCACUGUUCGUAGCACGAAAACCACUUCAGCUCAGAAAACAGAUGGCACACUUAUGGAUGAAGCGAGCAUUACUAGUAGAAAUGUGGAGCAGCUGGAGACAUCGGUAGCUGGUACCAUUAACACUAAUCCCCUAACCACAACGGACGUUGCCCAACCUGAAGAUUCAGCCAGUUCGUCAAAUAUUCCCAGGAAGAAUAGCUCAAGUUCUAGUAAAGCAUGGAUCGCUGGUGCUGUUGUUCCCUCUGUGCUUUUCGUUACUACGGCUGUUUCAUUUGCGAUCUGGUGGCAGAGGCGGCGAAACAGAACACCAAAGACCCCCAAAAGUCCUUAUGUAGAUGACGUGGCGGGGACAUCACGUUUUGAUAAACCGGAGCUUGAUUCUCAGGUUAUUCCGCGACCAAGAAGUAAAGAAGAGGCUAUAACAAGCACCCGCACCACUGUACUUGACACUGUCGUCUUACCAGUACCCGCUGAAAUGCCUGAAAAUGGUUUGAACAGAGCAUAG